AUGAGAGGAGAAGAGACAGAGGCGUGGAUGUACUUUAGAAGAGAUGUUGUGCCGUUUGCUGCCAUGUUUGCAGUGGAGUGUGCCACGGUUGGGUCAAGCACACUGUACAAGGCUGCUACCUUAAGAGGAUUGAACUUCUAUGUCUUUAUCUUCUACACUUAUGUUAUUUCAACACUAAUACUUUUUCCACUUUCCAUCAUCUUUGGAAGGUCAAGAAGAUUGCCUUCAGUCAAGUCUCCUCUCUUCUUCAAGAUUCUCUUACUUGGGCUUGUCGGUUUCAUGGCAGUGAUAGCUGGUUGUAAAGGAAUAGAAUAUAGUUCUCCUACUGUUUCCUCUGCUAUCAGCAACCUCACACCAGCUUUUACCUUCACCCUUGCCGUUAUCUUCAGGAUGGAAAAUGUAAGGUUAAGGAGUUCGGCGACUCAGGCUAAAAUCAUCGGUGCAAUAGUAUCUAUAUCUGGUGCUUUGGUUGUUGUGCUCUAUAAAGGCACCACACUCUUCGCUGCUGCAUCUGUUUCACCUACCAUUUCACUUCACCAGCACUUGAGUUCAUCAGAGUCAAGCUGGAUAAUCGGUGGCCUUUUGAUUACUUUACAUUACUUUCUUACAUCAGUCUGGUAUAUUCUUCAGACUCGAAUCAUGGAGAUAUACCCUGAAGAAAUAACUGUUGUCUUCUUAUACAAUCUAUGCGUAACACUAAUCUCAGCACCAGUAUGUUUACUAGGGGAAAGGAACUUCACUUCUUGGAUUCUUAAACCGGAUAUUUCUCUCGCUGCAAUAAUGUACUCGGGAGUUUUCGUUUCGGUAUUUAGUGGGCUUACCCACACAUGGGGUCUGCAUCUGAAGGGUCCAGUAUACAUAUCCUUGUUCAGGCCAUUGUCUAUUGUUAUUGUAGUAGCCAUGGGUGCUAUAUUCCUUGGCGACGCACUUCACCUCGGGAGUGUGAUUGGAUCAGUGAUAUUGUGCAUUGGAUUCUACACGUUGAUUUGGGGAAAAGCAAGAGAGGAUACAGCCAAAAAUGUAGCUGGCUCUGAGCAUUAUUCACCUUUGCUGCUUACACACAUUAUAGAAGAUGAAGCCUUGCCAUUAAGAUAGAUUGAUGCAAGUAAAUAUUAUGCAUUGUAAAUAUUGACAAUUGGAGGUCCCAAAAACAAUACAACUCUGAAAA